GCUGGAAGUAAUGACUGAAAGUUCAGCAUGGCUUCUUCGAGUGAUAGCUCUGAAGAAGAUUUGGCAAAGUUUGCUCUUAUUACUGACGUUGUUGACUCAGGUAUGAUGAAAAAAUUAAUUUACCUGCAGGAAGAAAUGGAAUUUUGCCUCUUAAUACGCUUAUGGUCCUUUUUCCAGAAGUGGCGAUGGUACAUAGCACUUCUCCAUCUAAUUCCAAGUCCAAACCAAGUCUGAGGUCAGUUUUAUCGUUGGUACAUUUGCAAGCUACUUGAGCUCGUAGACCUCUUUUUCCUGUAAAUUACUAUUUCCAGUAGAUUUCCUUUAAAUCCUUAUUUCCAAAAUAAUAGUUUGCGAGGGAAAAAACCGCAAAAAAUUGAAAACAAAGCGAAACAAAGAAAAGAGAACAGAAUGAAAAUGUGACAUUUAUUAUCUUGUUUAAUCUUCUCCCCACUAUAAAAAGUAACUUUUGGCACGUGGCCUGUCACAAUUUUUUUUUUUCAUUGAAGCUGACAAGUUGAAACCCCAUAGAUGCAAUUUUCAAAGGUGCCAAACAGUUGUGUCAGAGUAAAUCCUCAGGAAAACUUGUACAACAAUGUGUUGUGGUUGUAAAAAGGAGACACUGUAUACUCUUUCCAUGUUUACAUUACCACACAAAUCUUACGCCAGAAAUACAACUUUUUUUUUAGAUAUAUCCUGGAAACUUACCUCAAGACAUUUCAUUGUUAAAUACGCCUGGCUUACCUUGGUCAGUAUGCCUUUAAUUACUCUAAUUGUUUUUAUUUUAGACAUUGGCGAAAGGAAGAGGAUAUUACCUGUUCUUCAACAGAAUUGAUAACACCUGAGUUUAGACAGCAUGUUGCAAAAAAGCUUUCAAAGUUUUUGGACGAGAACUUCAUCUGGUAAAUAUUCAAUCCAUAUUCAAUUAUGUAUUGUAUUUUUAUUGUUGGUAAGAGAUCUUAUGCAUUUUUACGAGACUUGGCUUUACAAAUGUCCUAUUUGUUAUACCAGCUCUGAAGAAAAUACUCAUUUGCAAGAUGACCAUGUCAGCAGUUCACAUGAAUCCUUAGGAAUCAAACUGCUCUUGAAAUCCAAUCAGUUACUAUUGGGAGAAUCUGUGAAGGAAGUGCCUAGCUCUACUGUUGCUAGAAAGAAUACAAAAUACUCAGUUAGCAGUGAAAGGUAAGAUUUGUGCCAUUCAAGUGGACUCAGGGCUAUUAAUAUUACAAAAAUCAACUGGCCUUUUCAUGAAUGGUGUAGAAUAUAAAACUUACAAAACUUUGAAAGUCACAAAACAAUCCUGGCAGGCAAACUCCAAGUAAAGAAUGUGCGUAAGGAGGAGGGUCAAAUGAUUCAGGCUUUGAUAGGAUUCCAGCACAUAGCUGCCAGAUUCUGGUUGAGCCCCACAGCCAACUGAACUGAAAGCUACAUCAUGGGAGUGAGGCAAAUUUAAGCAGGUUCUUUGUUUACACAAAGGAAGAGUUUAUUUUCCUAUAAUGAUAAGGUAAUUAACGAGAAUCCCACAAGCAUUAAUGUUGGUUAUAACUUUCUCUUAUCCAACCACAGCAAGUCAUGUGGAAAAUGUGAAAAAUCUUAUAAAGUUUAUUUUGCAAGAAAGGCUCAUCAUGUAUGAGAUCAGAAUGCAUACUCUGCUAACUAAUUAAGACUACUGAGUAACCAUAGCAAUGGCUAGUUUCUAAUAUAGUUAUAGUUAUUCUAUGCAGGCUUUUUCCGUUUCAAACAAGUGAAACUGAAAUAAUUUUUUUACCGAGCACAUCAAGUAUGUGAAUAAUGAAUGCUUAUUAUCAAAAGAAGUCUAAUUUACCCUUGAUAUAAUGGCACAAAUACUUUGAAGGUUUAGCUGAUCAUAACUCUGCAAUUGUAAUGUUCAUUAAUCCAGUUUUGUGUAUUACUAUAAGCUAUGUCUUCUAAUUGUUUGACCAGUAUUUCAAGUUGUUAUGUAUUAACCCUUUCACUCCCAAGAUCUCAUUAGCAAUUCUCCUUACUUUCUGCCAAAUGAUUCUCAUUAUAUUGGUUUGGAGAAUUUGGUAUUCUCUUAGUAAUUAGUAUUAGUAAUCCCAUAAUUGAUAUUUUUCUUAAUUCUCAUCACUUGUCUACAUGAUAUGGCAUAGAUAUUGAAAGGAGAAAUUCUGUCUUGGUCACUCACAAGAGUUAAAGGGCUACAAUGUGUGACGAAUCUCUCUUGUUGAUUGAUUUACAUUCUAUUUUGAUGCCUCAGAGAUUUUGGGGAUAUAAGUGGGUUGUUGUGACAGUAUAACCUCCUUUUGGUGUGUUUGUUCUGGUUAUUUUACUGUAUUCUGUAAAAUAUAUAUAUAUAUAUUUCAUGUUAUCCUGAUGAUUGAAUUUUACUUAUCAGUGAUACUGAUGAGGAAGAAUUGAGUCGUUUAGCAGAAGCAGCAGUGUCUGGGCACUCAGUCAUUCAAGAAGGUGAUAUUAGUGUAUCUUGUAGUGACUCAUCUGUAACUUGGCAUCCUUGUUCUUACCUCAGCAAAAAUUUACUGCUGCGCAUUAUAACAUUUUAAGUUAGAAUCUGGCAUGCUUUUAGGAUUCUCAGUCAUGUGAUUGUUACAGUAGUCUCUUGGUCACUCUGAGGACUGUCUGCUAAUAAGUUUUUACCACAGUAUCUUUUACACUCGUUAGUUUUUCACAUUCUCUGAGGAGUGUGUUUCAUUCGUUCGUUUCUUAAGCAUCUUGCACAGAACUGUUACAAGUUGGUUGGCUAACAACUUAGAUGAGUUUCCCAACACCUCAUAGGAAUUUUUGAAGAAGUCAGAGGAGUUUACCAGUAACUCUGGGCAGCUUUGCGACAAUUCAGAGCAAUUCGCUGACUACUCAAAGGGGUUCGUGGACUACUCCGAAUAGUACGCUGACAUCUCAGGGGAGCUUGCUAACACUUUUGAGCAUUUAGGGGAUAACGCAGAGAAGUAGAGCGACAACCUUGAGCAGUUUAGCGACAACUCAGUUCGCAAACGACUCAGAGGAUUUCGACGGCAACUCACGGGGGUUUGCCGACAGCUCUGAGCAGUUUGCCGACAACUCUAAGGAGUUUGUUGACAACUGUGAGGAGUUUGCAAACAAAUUAGAGUAAUUCGUCAACAUCUCUAAGAAACUUGUUGAAAACUUGCACCAGUUCGCCGUCAAAGGUCACACAUCAACGCUAUAGAGAGAGCUCCAUAUUUAGAAUGUUUCCCUUCCACGCUAAAUAGCAAAGCUAGCGUUUUCAAAGUCGUUCACCCUAAAUACCAUGUGUGAAAGGGAUGUAUAAUGUAUCCGGAUAGUUAUGGGUAAUAGACUUGACUGAAAGAGUGAUGCUGCGUUUUUCAAAUUUAUAUCGCUUAGGCAGUGAUGAAGAACUAGAAUUGUCGGUGGAUAACUGACGUGCAGUGAUUCUCUUUAUCGUUGACUCUGCAGGACACGGUGGGGGUAAAGAAAAAGCUGCAGACGAGCCUGAAACCAAAAGAAAACGGAAAAAAGAGAAAAAAAGAAGCAAAGAAAAGAGGAAAAAGAGUAAAGGGAGCGAAGAACUAGAAGAAAAGAAGCACAAGAAACGCAAAAAGGAAAAACACAAGGAUAAAACGUGAAGGUUAUGGGUGGUUUGGAAGUGAGACGUCUUUUGAAAAAGAUAUCCGGCGAAUGGGGAUAUUUUAAAGCCAAUCGCCAAGUGGCGAUAACAUGUCGCUUAUUUAGUAACAUGUGGCCAAUCCGAGUGUGCUUAUAUGAAGCCACCAGAUGCGCUCUAAACUAAGGCUUGCUGCCUUCAGCGACAAUCGAGGGCAAAAAUCGUAUGUCUCAUCCGUAAGCUGGCGUAUUACUAUGCCGAGAAAAAAGCAAUCACGGGUUGCACGACUAUGAUCAUCGGCUUGAUUCACUUCCAGAGAAAACGAAGAAAACACGCAUCUGUCAGCAGAAUCCCUUUAUACAACCUAGAAUAUGUUAUAUGCAUCUGAUGUCAGGAGCCAAAGAAGAUUAGUAGCCGUUGAUCUAUGGACCAUGCAUAAUGCGUGUUUCCGAAAACAUCGAACAAAAAAUGCGUAGCCCAGGGAGAAGAUAAAACGAUAUGUGUUCGAGAAUCAGCCGGGUCCGCCAUAGUUUUGAUUGUGAACCUAGCGAUGAGGGUUUUCCCAGCGCAUUUCUUUUGAAGCAAUUUACCAUUUAACAUUCUCAAUUGGAGUUACAACCAAGCAACCAACCAACCAACCAAAACUGACAGAGGGCGUGGGUAGGGGACCCCCAGGGUAUGGUAAAUGGGAUAAGAUGAUUUCCCUGCCCGCCGGGCAAAUACCUUUCCUCGCUCCAAUAACAAGCCACGAAAGGGUCCAAAAUGGUAAAGUGGAUGUAGGCCUAUUUCAUUCUUCAAUCUUUGUUACGCUGUGGGAGGAUUUUGCCGUUGGUGAAUUCUCCUCAUUCUCAUCCCCGCGCGAAGUUGACUGAACAAUGUGACAACAUUUGACAGAAAUAACCAAUAUUGAAAGGGCAAAUGAGGCGGCCCGAAACCUCUUUUGACGGGUUUUUACUAAUAAAAUUACUUACGGCUCGUCUAAACUUUGUUGUUAUAACAACAAUUGAAUAUGAUGUCAAGUCAGUUUCUUCGGAACUGAACAAAUUGCUACCAAAGUCGCGGUG